AUUUAGACAUUAACGUUUCAUAAUUCUGUCCGUCAAUAUUUCUGAGAUCAUUUUUUUAUUAAAAAAAUAACUAAAUUAUACUGCUCCCCCGACACUAUUAGUACGAACAUUUAAAGACCAUUCCUGCAUGGUAAUAAUCGUGUCACAAAAACUAAGUUUGAGUUGACGUGACAUAGUGCGAGUCGAACGUCUAUAAACGAACGAAGUCAUAUCACUUUCACGCCUUGAAUGCGCAGUAUUGUUAAUUAUAACUAUUACGUAGCCGCAUACAUAACGCACACAAGCUUCGGGCUUUCUCCUCAGCGUAGGACUUCUUUUGGUGACUUCCUGGACCGCAAUCCUGAUCGUCAAUCCUUCAGGAAUGGCGUGGCUAACAGCAAUAUUGUGCGCGACGUUGUUGUUCUUGCUGCUGCUGCUGUGGCUGCAACCCUCGACAAAGGGCCUGCCUCCAGGUCCCAAGGGCCUCCCUCUCGUGGGGAAUCUUUUUGACCUCCUCAGAUACAACCCCAUCGAAUACUUCACUCUAUUAUCUAAAGAAUACGGGCCAAUAUUUAGCAUUCAAUUUGGCUUACGUCGCGUGGUGGUCAUAACGUCGAGACACUGGAUGCAGCAGGCGUUUGUUAGACACGCCGACACCUUCACUAACAGGCCGCAUGGCACCGUCAUGCACUUCAUAGGCGGAGGAAAAGGCGUAGUCAUGACUGAGGGACAGGCGUGGCGAGACUCGCGGCGACUCCUGACGCUGGUGCUGAAGGAGUUCGGCGUAGGCAGCUCCAAGAUAGAAGACUACAUCGGCCUCGAACUGCCAGAGUUCAUAGAAACCCUUAAAAAAGAAGUGGGUAAACCGAUCGAAAUUCACCCUGACCUCGCGACGUCCGUCCUGAACAUCGUGUGGCACAUGUUUGCUGGGGAAAGAUUCAAGACUGGCGACCCUUUCCUCAAGUGGAUGGUGACUUCCAUCGAAAGAACUGCGAAUCUCAUCAACCAGGGCAGCUUCUUGAACUUUGUCCCGCUCGUUCAAUUCAUUGGAACCUUCCUGAGGCCUCGCGCAUUCCAAGUUUUGUUCAGCCUCGUCUAUCGCAUGAUGUACUUCAACGGCGUCAUCAGGCAACACAGGAAACAACUCGACGACCCAACAAAAAACAUGGAUCUUGUCUUCGCCUUUUUACGAGAGCAGAAAAAGAUCGAAGAAGCACAUCAAGCGCCGGGCAUUUUCACAGACUCGCAGCUGCGUUGGCUGCUGAGCGAUCUGUUCGUAGCAGGUCUUGACACGAGCGUCUCAGCGAUGAGGUGGGCGCUGCUCUUCAUCGUCAAGCAUCCGCGCGUCGCUGACAAACUCAGGGAUGAGAUCCUUCAGGUCGUGGGACACGACAGGAAGCCAUGCCUGAGCGACCGCGAGACGAUGCCGUACAUGGAGGCCUUCAUCAGCGAGACGCUGCGGUACUCCGUCGUGGUUCCCAUCAUCACCCACGCGCCCUCGCACGACGCCAACCUCGGCCCCUACAUCAUCCCUGCCGGCACGAUGGUCAUCACAAACCUGCACGGCGCCCUUCAUGAUCCCAACGUCUGGGAAAAUCCAUCCGAGUUCAGACCUGAAAGAUUUCUCACGCCUGAGGGAAAGUUUUUCAAAGAUGAAAACUUAGUUCCUUUUUCCAUAGGUCGACGCAGCUGCGUGGGAGAGUCUCUGGCUCGCGCAGAAAUUUUCUUAUUUUUGACGACAAUUCUUCACACUUUUGAACUGAAACCUGGGGUUGACCCCUUGCCUCCCUUGAGCUACGUAGACGGUCUCUUCCUCCACCCCCAGCCUUACAAGAUUAUUUUAGAGCUGCAGCAACCGCGACACAGGCCUAGGGAGCCUGAAAAAGCUUAGCAUUUGUUCCUUCCAAAAUUGAAUUAAUUUGUCCUUUCGUCUAUCUUAGGCUUUGCUGGGUUUAAUUAAUAUUUCAAAUAUUUUCCCGCAUAUUAAGUUAUAUAAAAAAUUAUUAAUUUACAGAGAUUAUAAUGAUCAUGUAGUUUAUUUUUUGUCCUAAUCAAUGUAGGAAUAUGUCAUGACUUUGAAAUUUGCUUCCAGGAAAUUUUGAAGCAAUCUAUUGUCAUAGGAUUGCACAUAUCGUCCCAUUUGCGUUUCAACAUAAUUUCAUUUUAUUGUGUUUAUUUAGGCUCAUGUGUAACCUAGAACAGGUAAAAUUGUGUUAGGCAGGCAAAGAAAAUAAAAAAAUGAUACUAUUUUUUUAAGUUAAAUUUUAAAAAAUGUAUCGUAUUUUUAUAUGAAGUCUUUCAUGACAUGCAAGUGCGCUGUAAAAUUCGUUGGUGCUGUCACGCUCUUUCUUAUCCUGCUUUCAAUUCAUUUAUAUUUUCUAUAAAUACUCAGUAUGCUAACUAAUAACGAAUAUGAAACUUCAAAUUUGUGGCUAUGGAGCAGGUGGAAAAGUGCAAGCUUAUUGUCGCUCUGAUUUAUCUUUAAUUUUAUAAAGGCAGGAUCACAGAACCGAGAGUAUUCUUUAGAAACGAUUAACCCGUCAUAUUGGCACUACUUUCAGUCUAACUACAAAUUUUUUGGUGAGUUGACAACGAAUAUUUUGGAGUUCCAUUGCGACUUAAAUAUAUUAAUUCAAAAUGUUCUUCAUUGUAGACAGGAUGCAUUUAUUCAUGCUUUAGUAAGUAUGUUAACAUCCUCCCAUAAUAAAAUGAAUCAAUUUUGGAGAACAUCCGUGUAAAACGAUGGUUAGUUCAAGUGUAAAAUUCCUGUUUAAGUAUAAAACUAAAGAGAUUCUCAUAAGAAGAAGAAGAAGAACUUUCACUGGAUUUAAUAACAAGUCAGAGAUGAAAAUUUUUGAAUGAAUUGAACAUACAUCAGAGAAGAAAUGAACAUACAUCAGGAAAAAUGAUGUAAAUUUGGAAAAAAAUAUCUAAGAUGCAAUAACUUUUUGGGUACCGGAUAUUUUACUAAACUUUAUUAUUAAUUGCAUUUACGUUAUGUUUAACUGGCAAUAUUCCCCUUGCUUUAAAAUAUGUUCAACAAAUAAUAGCGUACUUGCUGUCAUUUUAUGUUCAGUAGAUAAUUGCGUAUUUAGUAUUCUAAAAGAGGGUGGAAAAAGAAAGUAUCGUUGAACGAUUGAAUUGUUUAUAUCUACGAGUAGUUAAUUAAUCUAUCAGGAAUUAUCCACGAGGGGUCCAGUCACUCAAUAUCACCAUGGAAAUUUAAGGCAUAAAUAUAUGAGAAAUAGACCAAGGACCAUACUUUUAAAACACGCUAUGUGAACGUAAUUACUUACGCUCUAUUUUCUUGUCUAUGAUUGGUGGAUGAACUUACGAUCUCUUAACUUUUUUUGAAAGUAAGUGCCCAGACCUACCGACGCGCGUUGCUAAAAGGGGCUUAUCCAAGCAGGGCAUUGUUCCUAAUUCUGCUUGGUUCGACAAAAUGUUUUUUCACGUAAAGCCAAAAAUCUAAUUUUCGACUCAAAAAAUUUGAAUGUUUGUCAUAUAAGACACAACUAUACUACAAACUAAUUAUCUAACUAACUUCAGGCUUGUCAAAUAAAUAAAUAUCUAUUUACAGCAAUGCUGAACAUGCCAAGAAGCCUUAACCAAAACGGUGGUUUAAAUUCGAAGCAUACAACCUUUUCAGGUGCCGAUUUACUCAUUAAAUUGACGUUACAAAAGCACACAAAUCCUUUUAAUGAAACAGUACUUUGUACAACUUGCUAUGGGCAAAAUCUUACGUUUUCUAUGAUAUGAAUUUCUAAAAACUUUUCUGGGUGCAGUGAAAAGGUAAACCAUCUGCCAGCAAAAGGCAUUCCAUGAGUAUUUACUUAUAAAAUAUUCUCGUUGACAAUUCCAAUGUGUCUACAGUAUAUAGAUUUAUACAUUAUAUUAUCAAUGUAU